AUGAGCUUGUUCAAUAUACCUUUUACUGUGGAGACUGAUGCUUCUGAUUUUGCCAUAUCCGCCACACUUAAUCAGGAUGGAAGACCUGCUGCCUUCCAUUCACGUACCCUACAAGAGAGUGAACAAUACUAUUCAUCAGUGGAGAAAGAAGCUCAAGUGAUAGUUGAAGCCAUAAAUCAUUUUCUUUUGGGUCAUUUUCUUUUGGGUCUACAUUUCAUUCUUAUCACUGACCAACGAUCUGUGGCAUAUAUGUAUGAUUAUAAAUCAAGCAGUAAAAUAAAGAAUGAUAAAAUAAUGCGUUGGAGAAUAGCUUUGUCUCCAUAUUCUUAUGAUAUCGAUGAUCGUCCUGGCCAAUGUAAUAGUGGUCCAGAUACAUUUACUCGAGUUAAAUGUGCAGCAAUAAGUUUGCAUGCUGCACUUUGCCACCCUGGUGUUACUCGCUACCAUCAUUUUAUUCGAUCAAGAAACUUCCCUUAUUCAGUAGAAGAUGUAAAACAAAUAUGUAGGGAUUGUAGAAUAUGUAAAGAAAUAAAACCCAAGUACUACCGUCCAAAUGAUGUGCACCUGAUUAAGGCGACUCAGCCAUUCGAACGUAUAUCUAUUGAUUUCAAAGGCCCAUUACCUUCUUCAACCCCUAAACAGUAUAUGCUAACAAUUGUAGGUGAAUACUCACGUUUUCCAUUUGCUUAUCCUGUGAAAGAUAUGACAACUCAGACAAUAAUAAACUGUUUAGCUGAACUUUUUUCAAUGUUUGGUAUGCCUAGCUAUGUUUAUUCGGAUCGUGGAUCCUCAUUAAUGUCUUCUGAAUUAAAGCACUGGUUCUUAUCAAAAGGGAUCGCAACUAGUAAAACAACCCUUUACAAUCCAACUGGAAAUGAGCAAGUUGAAAGAUACAAUGGAAUUAUUUGGAAGGCGAUAUUACUUACUUUGAAAUCUCGAAAUAUGCCUGUAUCAUCAUGGAAAAGAGUUUUACCUGAUGCACUUCAUGCUACAAGAUCUCUAUUAUGUACUUCUACUAAUUGUAGUCCACAUGAACGUUUUUUUAAUUUUCAAAAAAGAUCAUCAUCUGGGUCUUUAAUUCCUUCAUGGCUUGUUAACCCAGGACCUGUACUUAUAAAAAGAAAUGCAAUGCAAAGUAAAUAUGAAGAUUCAGUAAAUGAGGCUCAGCUCAUUGAAGCAAAUCCUCAUUAUGCCAUUGUGAGAUUUCCUAAUGGUCAUGAGACCACAGUGUCUACAAAACAGCUGGCUCCUAUCGGAACAACUCCUAUAGUACAAACAUCAAAUGACAAUUUAGAAAUAAUAGCUAUUGAUAACUACCCCUUAACCCCUAAUGGUAGCAAUGAAACUCCGUUAGUCUCCAAAAAGGAACUAGAAAGCAGAGUAAAUCCUAUAGAGCAAAGUACUCUGGCUCCUCGUAGAUCUUCACGAAUUUCUAAAGUACCAGAAAAACUCAACUUAUAA